UGUGGGUAGGAGACGGCCGUCGACGGAGGCGCCAUUUUGUGAGGCGGCCGUACCCUGUUGGUAUCCCUUGGCAGAAAACCGCUACUGCUGCUACUUCCGUCCUUCCUGGGGGAAAAACAAAAUUUGAACCUUUUGGAGCAGUGUGCUAGAUCUUCAGCAGGACAAUGGGUUCAGACAAACGAGUGAGUAGAACAGAACGCAGUGGAAGAUACGGGUCCAUCAUAGACAGGGAUGAUCGUGAUGAGCGUGAAUCCAGAAGCAGGAGGAGGGACUCAGAUUACAAAAGAUCUAGUGAUGAUCGGAGGGGUGAUAGAUAUGAUGACUACCGAGACUAUGACAGUCCAGAGAGAGAACGUGAAAGAAGGAACAGUGACCGAUCCGAAGAUGGCUACCAUUCAGAUGGUGACUAUGGCGAGCAUGACUAUAGGCAUGACAUCAGUGAUGAGAGGGAGAGCAAGACCAUCAUGCUUCGCGGCCUUCCCAUCACCAUCACGGAGAGCGAUAUUCGAGAAAUGAUGGAAUCCUUUGAAGGCCCUCAGCCUGCGGACGUGAGGCUGAUGAAGAGGAAAACAGGUGUAAGCCGUGGUUUCGCCUUCGUGGAGUUUUAUCACUUGCAAGAUGCUACCAGCUGGAUGGAAGCCAAUCAGAAAAAGCUGGUGAUUCAAGGAAAGCAUAUUGCAAUGCAUUAUAGCAAUCCCAGACCUAAGUUUGAAGAUUGGCUUUGUAACAAGUGCUGCCUUAACAAUUUCAGGAAAAGACUAAAAUGCUUCCGAUGUGGAGCAGACAAGUUUGACUCUGAACAGGAAGUGCCCCCUGGAACGACAGAAUCAGUUCAGUCUGUGGAUUACUACUGCGAUACAAUCAUACUUCGAAACAUAGCUCCACACACUGUGGUGGAUUCCAUCAUGACAGCACUGUCUCCCUACGCGUCCUUAGCUGUCAAUAACAUUCGCCUCAUAAAAGACAAACAGACCCAGCAGAACAGAGGCUUCGCGUUUGUGCAGCUGUCUUCUGCAAUGGAUGCUUCUCAGCUGCUUCAGAUACUACAGAGUCUCCAUCCUCCUUUGAAAAUUGAUGGCAAAACUAUUGGGGUUGAUUUUGCAAAAAGUGCCAGAAAAGACUUGGUCCUCCCAGAUGGUAACCGGGUCAGUGCUUUCUCCGUGGCUAGUACAGCCAUUGCUGCCGCUCAGUGGUCUUCCACCCAGUCUCAGAGUGGCGAAGGAGGCAAUGUUGACUACAGUUACCUGCAGCCAGGCCAAGAUGGGUACACCCAGUAUGCUCAGUACUCACAGGAUUACCAACAGUUUUAUCAGCAACAGGCUGGAGGAUUGGAAUCUGAUGCAUCAUCUGCAUCAGGCACAGCAGUGACCACCACCUCAGCGGCUGUAGUAUCUCAGAGUCCCCAACUAUAUAAUCAGACCUCCAAUCCACCCGGCUCUCCGACUGAGGAAGCACAGCCUAGCACUAGCACAAGUACACAGGCCCCAGCCGCUUCCCCCACUGGUGUAGUUCCUGGUACCAAAUAUGCAGUGCCUGACACGUCCACUUACCAGUAUGAUGAAUCUUCAGGAUAUUACUAUGAUCCGACAACAGGGCUGUACUAUGACCCCAACUCGCAGUACUACUACAAUUCCUUAACCCAGCAGUACCUGUACUGGGAUGGAGAGAAGGAGACUUACGUGCUGGCUGCAGAGUCUAACUCCCACCAGCAGACGGGCCUACCUCCUGUAAAAGAGGGGAAGGAAAAGAAGGAGAAACCCAAGAGCAAAACAGCACAGCAGAUUGCCAAAGACAUGGAACGCUGGGCUAAGAGUUUAAACAAGCAGAAAGAAAAUUUUAAAAACAGCUUUCAACCUGUCAAUUCUUUGAGGGAAGAAGAAAGGAGAGAAUCUGCUGCAGCAGAUGCUGGCUUUGCUCUCUUUGAGAAGAAGGGAGCCUUAGCAGAAAGGCAGCAGCUCAUCCCCGAAUUGGUGCGAAAUGGAGACGAGGAGAAUCCCCUCAAAAGGGGUCUGGUUGCUGCUUACAGUGGUGAUAGUGACAAUGAAGAGGAGCUGGUGGAGAGACUUGAGAGUGAAGAAGAAAAGCUGGCCGACUGGAAGAAGAUGGCCUGCCUGCUCUGCCGGCGCCAGUUCCCAAACAGAGACGCCCUGGUCAGGCACCAGCAGCUCUCAGACCUACACAAGCAAAACAUGGACAUCUACCGACGAUCCAGGCUGAGCGAGCAGGAGCUGGAAGCCUUGGAGCUGAGGGAGAGAGAGAUGAAAUACCGGGAUCGAGCCGCAGAAAGACGGGAGAAGUACGGCAUUCCAGAACCUCCAGAACCUAAGCGCAAGAAGCAGUUUGAUGCUGGCACUGUGAAUUACGAGCAGCCCACCAAAGAUGGCAUUGACCACAGUAACAUUGGCAACAAGAUGCUGCAGGCCAUGGGUUGGCGGGAAGGCUCAGGUUUGGGAAGAAAGUGUCAAGGCAUCACAGCCCCCAUUGAGGUAAGCAGUGGCUUGCAGGCUUAUCCCAGAGAUGAGAUGAGAUUGAAGCACCCAGAGGACCUAGGACCCAGUGGGAGUUGUCUUCUCUGCAGCCCUCCCAUAUUUCACGCUCCUUUUAAGAUGUCAGUGGAAGGAAUGGGUGUGGCACCCUACUUGAUUUUUCUGGUCUUUUGGUAUCUUUGGGUAAAACCUACCUUCUCCCAAGGGCUGUGUCUUUCUAUGUCCUUUGUUAUAAACAAACCCUAACUUAACACCAAUUCAGACCCGUGUAGCUUAGAUUGGAUUUUUAGAAAGGUACUGUGCUUUAGUUUCUAAGUGAUUUUGCUUAUGUAUAAAACAAAUUAUAAUUUAGUAGGAUUUCCAUCCAUGAUAAGAAAUCCUUUACUCAGAGUCCAGGAGCAGAGGCCCUCAACCACUGGCCUUCUAGACAAAAGCACCGCCAGUGAUUGCUCCCUCUCUGACCCGGCAACAUAGCUUAGGUCAGACUCUUACUGUUGAUUUGUGCAAGCGAGUUCUGCUGACUUCAAGCUGUCCUGCUGUGAUCUGUGCCCAAAAUUACCAGACCUUCCCUGGGCUUCAGUGCAAUGCUUUGUGCUUUGGGGCCCGUACAGUGCUUGCUGAACAGGCAUAGGAGUAGGGGAGGGUACGGUUCUAUCUGCCUGUCUCCCUUACCUAUUUGAUCCCUUCAGUCCUUAAACCUACUCCAGGUCUCCAAUAUAGAAAUCCAUGUCUUCAUUUAAAACUUCCUCUCCUGUCUUCCAGAGGGUGGUCCAGCUCAGUAGGGAGUGGGUUAGAUAAGGGGGAGAGGGAGCAGUCCACACCCUACCUGCCAGCUGCUGACAGCAGUUUUAUCCCCCCCAGGCUCAAGUCCGGCUAAAAGGAGCUGGCCUAGGAGCCAAAGGCAGCGCAUACGGACUGUCUGGUGCAGAUUCCUACAAAGAUGCUGUCCGGAAGGCCAUGUUUGCCCGGUUCACUGAGAUGGAGUGAGACUCAGAGAGAGGAUG